GGGUCGCACAGCUGCGCACGACCUACAGCAGCAGAGGCGGCGCCGCCGGCGCACAUGUGUUAUACGCCGGGGCGGUCGCAGCAGCACCCCUGCGGAGAUCGCCGGCACGGUUGCCGCGCGCAACACUGCGAGCAAGUCCACUGCGCUUUUGGCGACUGCCUCUUCUGCAUGGCGACCAGGAAUGAGCGGCGUCUCUUGAUGGGCGCAGCUGUCGCGGAGCGCACGGCUAUCUCUGCUUGCGAGCCUAGUUACACUGGUAGCGGCGACACCGAACACGUGUGGAACAAGUAUCCGUGGCAUGGAAGCUGAAAGAUCUGCCAUUUAUCGUCGCCCACAUAGGCGAGCCAGCGGUUGGCCGCCAAUUAACUUGGAUGCCUACCUGCAGGCGGGAGCAGGUGAGCAUCUCCAAGAACAGCGACGUUAGCAGCACUGGUUAGCGGCACGUCGAGAUCCUUGGCAUUUCGGAGGACGGUGGGUCACGCUCAGGCCGAAGCUGGAGGUCGGACACCACCUUUGCGAUGCAACGUGUCUUCGCGCUCCGUGUAGGUUACCAGUGGUCACAGAAAUCCUGAUUCAGGAUCGUCCGUGCGUUUCUCGGAGCGUUGCGAGUGCACGUCCAGUGUACGCCCACGGAUGGGACACUGUGUCGCGAUGGCCAAGGCUUCAUCGGCGUCCACGAGACGUGAGUCUCUUCUCGAGAACACGGAGAUCGAUGCCCUCACGCUGGAUCCGCGCUUCCUGCGCCGACGAAGCCGUCGCUGCAGCUCUUGGCCCACGGGCAGCGUGACGCACGAGAGUCGCCGCUACCGCUCCGCUACCGUUCGCCCCGCCAAGCGCGGUGCUGGGGACCCGCUGCCCCCCGCCGAGAACGGGGACAUCACUGUGACGUCAUCUCCGCCGAAAGAAAACGAGCCGACGACCCAGGGUGUCGACGGCUGCGCCGGCGGAGACCGGGGUCCGGCGCCGCACCGCGAGAAGGGUCGGGCGACCGGCAGGCGCCGAGCGCCGGGGUCCCGAGGCGGCGGCCUCCCGGCCGCCUUCACGUCGGCCAUGGCCGCUCCUCGGCGGGCCGUGCCAGCGAGGAGCCGCUGCACGCAGACCGACCCCAUGGUGUGCAGCUGCGCUUCCUACCCUCCGACCACCGGCGCCAUCCACCCGUGGCUCCUGGACGGAGCCCCGAGACCCACUGCGCCUCCGCUGCCCGAUGCGGCGGACCUCCUGCGACUAGCGGAGCCGCCCGACGUCUGGCUCGCCGUGGGUCCGCAGACUGGGGAGACCCGGUCCAUCCGGGCGCACGCUGCUGCGCUGAGACAGAGCGUUGUGCUGCAAGACUUGCUCGGACAGUGCGAGUGCAAUGAUCUAGCAACAGAGGUCGGCUGCCAGCCAGUGGCCGACGCUCGGCGACCGACCAGGACGCUGCGAGUAGUCUGGGCAGACCCUGACGCCUUCGAGAAGAUGAUCCCCUUCCUGUACGGACGGGACGUGCGCCUCGAAGACGUGUCCUCGGCGCUGGAUGUGAUGCGCGUCGCCCAUGCCUUCGCCGUUCCCGGGCUUUUCACCGUGUGCCUGCGCUACGUGGGCAACCACGUGGACAGGGAGACGGCGCUGUCAGCGCUCACGCGGCUCUGCGAGGUCUCCGGCGGCGGCCCUGCCGUGGACCUGCAGCAGAACCUGCUGAACGAGACGCGCGCCCGCUGCCUGGACGUGGUGGACCGCAACGCCGAGUGGCUGCUCGCUGGCGCCACCUUCGAGUGCUUGCCCCGCAACAUCUUCGCCCUCGUUUUGGGCAGGGACUCCCUGUGGCUCAGGUCCGAAGUUUCAGCGGCAAAGGGCGCUGACCGCUGGGCGGCCGCUGAAUGCCGACGGCGGGGUGACGCCGCAGAACCCGUACAAAAGCGGCGAGUGCUGGGCGACACUGCCUACCUGGUUCGUCACUUCCUGCUCGACCGUGACCAGUUCCGACGCGCGGCGCCGGCACUGCUGGACGACAGCGAGGCAGCGCUCGUGCUCGAAUUCAUGGACGGCCGCAUUGGAGAGGACCGACUGACCCCUGCGCUCAGGACCAACCUCGCGUUGAGACAGCGCCCUGCGCUGGUUCCUUCGACGUUGCCGUUGCCUGCACCCUCGUCCCCAGCAGCCGACAGUGAACAGGGUAGCGCUCCGGCCACCGGACCAGUGCGAAGUCAGACGUUGGCCAGAAACCGAAAGUCCACGUCGGCCAAGGUGCGCAAGUGCGCCGCAGACGUCUUCUGGACGGUCGUGUCUAUUCUAGACUGACGGGGGGUCCUACGUGUAUCCCUUCCAUGUGCAUGUCGUUGUUGUCGUUGCUCUGUGCGCACAGAAGACACCUGCUGGGCGGGAACUUGGACCUCAGUGCUUCUUGCUUUGUGCCAGGCAUGACUGGUUUUUAUUUUGCUGAUUGGGUGUCUGUCCCAGAUUGCUGUCCUACUGCUCGGCUACUGUAUCGUGGUGCUGAAGUUUCGAACUCAGAUGAGUGUUAAGACACUUUUUAUCAUUUGUGACAGUGCAUAAAUUCUGGCAUCCUAGUAAGCUGCUCUACAGCUCGGCCAAUAAGCCGAUUUUUUAGUUGUCGAGAAAGGAAUGGCUUAUGCCAAGAACAACAGCUGCAACGACUAGACGUAGAUAAAGAUUAGAAUGGUUAAUGCAUAAGUUUUCUACUUGGCUUCGUUCAGUCACAAACUACCGUUAUCGUCCUAUGGCUAGUGUGGUUUGUCGUGCUUACCGAUGAGUCGGUGCAGUGUCGGACAGCAGUUAGGGAUUUGGCAUUUAUUAAUAGGAGCAUCAGCUCAGAGAGCCGAGUCAGCAUUCUCUAACUUUCUAUUCUGCUCAGGCAGAAAGAAAAUUGUGCGAUGUCUGUUGACGUUUAGGACAGAAAAAGACUGUGCGUAGUUAAUGUUAUAAGCGAAAGGCUGUGAAUCAUCGCCACGUCAGGCGGAACUCUGGUCUGUGUACCCGUUUCACAUUAUUACUAUACGAUUGAAAAAUGAAAAGAACAUGCAAACUUCCAACUAUAUAUUUAUUGGUAGGCCUACGGGCAUUGAUUCAUCAAUGGACAACACAGUGCACUUGUCUUCUCGUGCUAACUCGAUCACGCCUAAAAAAAAAAGUAUUUUUGGUGGUUAGUGUUGUCGUGAAACAUUGACCCCCAUCAGUACCUUGUGCUGAGCGUAUGUUGUACUUGUAUUAUGAAAAAUCAAGCCCCCGUUGCUGCCAGUUCAUUUUGUAUAAUGUUCUGUUGAUUUUCAGCUGUCAAUCUUGUACAUCUACGCUUGCCUUAACUGUGAAAGUGCCUUUCAGUUUUGCGUAAAACACCGGUGUCAUAUAUAGUAUGGGAGCACGGACAUGUACAUCUUUAAGCUCUGGGCGGUGUUGAGUAGCGUCUCCUGCGGCCUGCUGGAGUGUGCAUAGAUUGUCCUUGGCUCAUAAAGGGUGGGACACCUAUGGUUCCCUUUUCUUUUCAGAGAAUUUGACAUAUUAUCUGAUAAAUGCACACAAUAUUAAGGAACUAAAGCAACUUUCGUAUUGCUACAUCCGUUCAAAGUAAAAGUCAUUAUUUGCAAGUUUUGCAACAACUUCAGCUUCGCCUUCCUUGAGUUUCCCAUUUGCAUGGGUGCUGUGAUGGUCGCCAAGGUAGCCUUUCAAAGAAAACUCAGACAUGCUAGAUUAUUCUGAGCCAUGGUUCCCUUUUUCUAGUUUAGUAUUCCACUCGGUGUUCAAAGCAUUUAUUGUUUCGGAUUUAAUCACUGCCUUUCACGCAUAAUGAACCAUGUUGUACGGGGUGGAGGAUAUGCGUGUAUACGGGUUAGUUACCACAUCAACGCUUAGCAUUUCAGCAAAAGCCUUGUGUUAGCUGUGACGAUGAAGGAAGGACAAACAAACAGAAAAAGAAAUGCUGUUCACGAAGUGCCCUUAGAAUGCUGCAUGCUAGAUUUGAAAAAAAAUAUAUAUAUAUGGUGGACUGGCGUCGUCAGCAACGGUAUUGCGCUUUCUAAUACUGGGCUCAACGUACGAGGGCCAUGCAUUUAAGUACUCAGCGAUUCAAACUCGAUCGGAUAUGAUACUCGGAGUGCGUAGCCGCCGGCGCUUUUCGCGCCACCAGUGGGCACUAGGGUCACCGACCUGAUGCACUGUGGUGUACAAUGCAUUGUGACGCAUUGUGAGAUCGUUGUCCCCCCAACGAUCACCUAGUGCUUUCUGGUGGCGCAAAAAUGCCGGCCGCCAAGUGGUUCGAUGAUCGUGUUUGAAUCGCUGAGCAUGGUACACUUUUGCUUGUGCUACUGAUGUGGAAUAGUGGAAUGAAAUGCAAACAACGUGAAAAAUGUGGACAGGAAAGGUUACACCCACAGAGGAUGAGCAGCCCGGUCAGCGUAGCAGCCCACCAAAACUCGGCGUUACGACAUGUGAUGUCCGGUAACUCAUUUUGUGUCCUUCCUCCAUGGUCACAGCACGUUUUCUUGUGAUGGUGUAAAGUACUUAGUCUGGAACAGCCAUUGGUACACUGCACUGUUCUCGAGAUCAUGUGUUUGUCCUUUUGCGUGCCAUUUUUAUUUUUAUACCUACAUCCAUCACGUGGAAAAUUGAGCUACAUGCUGUACUAGAAUUGGGCAGUGUGUCGUCCGGUGGCGAAAAGGUGGCCCUUUUUGCUAUGACAGCCUGAGGCGAUGUAGCACAGCCGUUUACUGCAACGUGAUCUGUCGCUGGCAACGCAAUGCCUUCGGGAGCAACCGUUGCAGUUGUCACAGAGACCGUGUUUAUCGCGCCCGUUCACGUGCGAAGCUCGCAGAUUGCUCGGUGCUGUUUUUCCUGUCGGCGCUGGCGCAUUUUUAUAUGAGCAUGACAGGCACACUGUUGGCGAAAGUAACUUUUGUUUGCUUUUUAUGCACCAUGUUUUCUCGCGAACGAUUAUUUCAAGUUCGGGCUUUUUAAAAUUGAAAUCUGGGGUUUUAUGCGCCAAAACCACGAUUUGAUUAUGAGGCGCGCCGUAGCGGGGGACUGCGGAAUAAUUGUGACCACAUGGGGAUCUUUAACGUGCCGCCAAUGCACGGGACACGGGCGUUUUUGCAUUUCGCCCCUAUCGAAAUGGGGCCGGGAUUUGAUCCCGCGACCUCGUGCUUAGCGCGCAACACCAUAGCCGCUUAAACCACCACGGCUGCUAAGCGGGCUUAUUUCAAAACGGGCACUUUCAGCUGUGUUCCUGCACAUCAGGGCAGGAACACAGCACAAUAAUACCCGAGCAUUAUUUCUUUCUUUAGCGAGACCUGGUGUCCAGUUUUCUAUGUUUUGGCCAAUAAUUUCAAUGUAACUGAUAACAAAAGCAUGUAUGCAUACGAGCGGAAGACACAGACGAGCGAUAGACCUUCUUGUCCUGCUGCAGUCAAAACAUUACUCAGGUGACUGCGGGGUCAUGUGAUCGCAAACAUCCAAGCGUAGACACAGCUUACUUUUUGCUAUUUCUUUGUGAUUUAACGUAUACUAUGAUGCUGUUUUAUACAUUUUAUGCGAGGUAUAUUAAUUUUAUUUGUGUCUUGACAGCGUUUUAGCUUAUAAAGCAAAGUGCAUUGCACUGCAACUUAAGGUUUCGCUCGCUAAGCACACCGUUUGAUCAGUGUUCUACUGGCGGCGUCGUUGCAUCAGUGACCAUGGUUCUCUCAUUGUUUUGUGCCACUGACGACACAGUGUCCCAUUAUAGUACACCAUAUUCUGACUACUCAAUUUUGCUCUCAAGUUUGCUAGACGUUUUGAACCGCAACCUCAAACAAAUGUAAUGGGACAAAAAAAAAAAAAAAAAGGCGGAGUACUUUUGUUGAUGACGACAUCACCGAUCUCUCAAACUCCGUGUUUUACCAUAUUUGCAGGGUAUGGACAAGAUCGCAUCGUGUCUCAGCAGGUUUCGUUCGUCAUCGCUAGUUUACAGCUGCUUAUAUGCUUGGACUGCUUUAUCUACCUAGUUGAUGUGGGUUAGGAAGGAAAACAAAUUUUGAUGUGUGUAUUACACAUGUGCUUAUAAUGUUUGAAUUAUGUCACCAUCGACUAAUCACGCAUCCACCUACACUGCGUCGGUGGCACGUAUUGCUUCAGUUGACGGCGUGGGGCUUAAAGUGAUACUUGUGUUGGCCUUGAGUAGCCCAUACGUAGAUGCAUGAAAGCUUGUACUUAUCGUACUUUUUUUCUUUUUUGAUUAAUCAAAACCUUCUUCCAAAAUGUCACUAGGCGGAAACCACUCUUGUACUAAAAUCAGGCUUGAAGAAAAAAAAAAAAGAGAGAAACAAAGUGUAAUCCGAUGGCAUUGACCUCUACGUUGUCCUAGCAUAUACAUACUUUACAUACGGUAUCGAAUUCAUGUGUAUAAUAACACUGAAAACAAUGUUAUGAUAGCCAAGGACGCAGGACUUGAAAGCGAAAUAAUGCACUACACUGAUUUCACUGGGCGUUUUGCUUUCUGUCCGGUGGAAAGUGUGCUGCAAAUUUAGGCCCAAUUUAAAUUUUCUUGCGACACAUGCGCAGACGACAAUGGCAUAACAUUGAGCCGUUCAUCUGCUACUUUCGAGUAACUGGUGACUCGGGAGUUGUGCUUGCUUGUAUGAACUGCCUGGUAAUAUUUUUUGAAGGGUCUGCGUUAUCAUGCUUUGUUGCAUUUUGAGUUCGUGAAUGUCUGUCCAUGUUGGAUGUGCUUGCCAGGUGAAAGAAACGUUUCACUUUCGCGAGCUAUUUGUGUUCUAGUCAUUAUGAUGCCAAUCAAAUAGUGCCAGACUAUUAUUUCUCGUUUUGUGCGACCAAAGGAAGCCUCAGGAAUGCAAUCAUAGAGCUUGCUGUGCACUCCGUGCUGUGCGUGUUACCUUGAGGAGCGUUUAUAGAUGAUCCUGGGGUGUGUUUUAGUCGUAUGCAACUUUUUGUUGCACUAGUGCAUUUUUUAGUUUUAUUUUUAUGGAGUUUUCGGUGCAGCCGCUUUACCUUAUCGUUUGGUGCGUGAAGUUCAUCCUCUUCCUUAUCUGCCGCACAGAACAUGCGUCAAUUUGACGCAGGGUUUGUUAAGUGACUACUCGAAGUUAGGCUGUACUAGAAUUCUUCUUUUUGUAGGUUCCUAUGAGUUUUGUAUAAGACUCGCGUGCAGAACACCUGCGGUUAUGGUUUUUAAGCAGGAAAAUAAACUUACACUUGAAGCUACCAAGCAGCAUUGAGAUCUAGUCGUGCGAAAUGUGCGGUGCGAGGAAACAUUUACUUUUUAAUAUUUAUGUUAGAUGAUUUACGCCCUGUUCAUGCGCGCAUAGAAACACUUGGCUGCGUUACGCAGUUACCCGUAGUAUCAAGUUAAAAAAAAAAGCGAAACAGACCUGUUUUAUUCGAAGCUUUCCAGAAAGUUUGGUUCGUCUGUAGCAUAACUUUUGCGACCUGGGAAACAGGCUGCAGAAUCAUUCAUGGAGUCUUAUUUUCGUUAGUUUUUCUGCUUUUACAAGCAAAGAAGACAUCAUAGGCACGAAUAUGGACUAAAUAUUGGCGCUUCACAACCGACGAAAACUAGCUUGCUUUCUCAGAUUGCAUGAACAGAGGCGAAGCAAAACAAGUUAUCUAGGCACCAUGCCUUAGAACUCAUUGUGUCAACAGCUAACAAGAUAAAUACCACAUACUGUAACGAGUUAAACUUUACACUCACUGGAAGCAACUUAUUAUUAGAAAUACGUAUGAUGUAUUAAGUCAAUGAGCAAAUUAUAAUAAGAAAAGUUUACGGGCACCAAAACAUUUGUUUUUUCAAAUAUAAUUUUUGUAAAGUGCAGAUACAGCUUUAAUUGGCUCCGAGAGGUAUUAAAUUUGUGGCUCGUCGUUGAGAUCUCGUUAUUUAAUUCCACCAAGCACAUUGUUGCAUAAUCCUGCGUACGCAUUCUUGUUCUGUUCUUGUCAAAAAACAGUUGGACGUACUUACUUUUUGUUGUGUUUUUGAAGUUAUGUAGCUGAAGCCCGAGUUUACUCGCCCGGGCUGCUCUCCUUUCAUGUGCCGAGCAUUGUUGGAACACGCUGUUUGUUGUUUAUAGUUGUACAGCUGAUCGGUUGGCAAGAAGCUCGAGUAUUUGAGUGAAUUUUUUGGGACCUGGUGUGCCAUACGCGCCGAGCUUCCUGCCACGUUGUGUAUAUAAUUAAGGACAUGUUUUAUUUUACCUAUUUUAGCUGCAGCCUCGUGUCGUGAACUCUUACAGCGGCUGUGUGCUGAGUGUAAGAUGCGGAAAAGUCGUUUGAACGAACGAAUGAAUAAAUAAACGCGCGUGUUAUUGCGCAAAUCAAACAA